CAACAAGUUGCGUUUUCCAUCAAAACACGUCUCUACUAGUUCGAAGCUGUUCAAGCUAUUAUAAAAAAGCGCCCGUAGGGGAAGACUCCGACCUUCACGUUUGUCAAAACGUGACAUUGACUUGAGCUUUGUAUAUACUAUAGAUAAUACAAAACAUUGCUUAGUUAUUAAUUUAGGUGUAUAAAUAUUUCGUAACAACUCGGUUCCAUGUAAUAUUAGUAAGUUCAACUCUCUUGCGUUGGUCGGCUUUCCGCGACCAAACGCAUCCUAGGACCAUACAUUUGUGGCAGUGAUAAAAUAUCUGUAAGGGAAACGAUCUAGUAUUACGGAUGUUGUGUACAAUAAUAAAGCCUCCGGUUACCGAGCUAAGCUAACAAAACUACGUAGUUAUGAGUAGCAGAAACGAUGGUGGUAAUAAUGAAACAAGAGAAUUGGAUAGCUCAGAUGAAGAGACUCCGAUAAAUCCAGAGGUCCGUAUCCUGUCCCGGAUCUUUGGCGUCCACCGAGCAAGUGUGGCAUCUAUGCCAGGGACUAGUGGCGCGAGUCACCUCGUGAGCCCGCUGCCGACCACGCGCCGCACGCCUCGCGAACGCGACCGUCUCUUUUGGACACUGCUCGGCAACUCUAGCAGGCUGCCCCCAGGCGCCAGGUGUAGAAGCGGGCCUCCUCCGCGCGAGCCCCGACCUACAAUAUUCUCUGACUUGUUGGAGCCCGACCGCCGUACACGCAUCUCGCUCACACGCCACGCUUCUCCCUCAGGUAGCGGCUACCAAACCAACGCGAGCCAGCUGUCAAGUCUGCACUGUUCUUUGCGCAACUUACUGCGCAAGCGGCCGUACACGACCACUGGCAAUGUAACGGGUCCAAGUUCAAGACCGGUGUUGGUCCUGCGUGCAGCCCCGGAGUCAAACCGCGGUGAAGAUGAGUCCGACGGCAGAGGCCGCAUCGACCGUGACCGUGACCGGAGCGACCGCGACCGCGAUGACCGUGACCGCAGCACUCGGGAACUUGAGGAGCGUCAGCACGACCCAGAGCCUAUUGACCUUGAUGACAUUGAAGAUGUUUCAGAGCCGGUCCCGGGGCCGGCGCCGACCUUCUCACCGCGCGCCGACGGUGACGCCGACGCCGAUUAUUUUGCUGACGAGGCGAUGACAGCAGAGGAGCCCCUGAACAUGUCCACGGGUGCCCUGCUUGAAGAAGAGAUCAUCGAGGUGGAGCCUGAGGCUGAGCCCGCCCCGCACCCGGCCGGGAACAAUGAAACGGAGCCUGCAGACACCUCAGCAGAAGCUAGUCCGCAGCGAGGGAUCAAAAGAAAAAGAGAAGGAGAAACGCAUGAUUCGGGAGUUGCUCUCAACCACAGCAUCCUUCGUCUCCUGGAGUGCCCAGUGUGUAUGGAAUGGAUGGAGGCGCCCAUCACGCAGUGCCGCCGCGGCCACUUAGUGUGCGGCACGUGCCGCAAGCGGCUCGACGCAUGCCCCGUGUGCCGCACGCCCUUCUCAUCAGUACGAAACCGCGCUAUGGAGGACGUGGCAGGCGUACUGCGCUACCCGUGCCGGCACGGCUGCGGGCGCUUCCUGCGCGCGCCGCGGAGACACAAGCACGAGGCCAGCUGCGCGGCGCGCCGCCACGCCUGCCCGCUGCCGCCGUGCCGCGCCGUGCCGCCCAUGCCGCGCGUCAAGCUGGCCGCGCACUGCCAGGUGACCAGUAACAUGUACACAGACACAAGCACGAGGCCAGCUGCGCGGCGCGCCGCCACGCCUGCCCGCUGCCGCCGUGCCGCGCCGUGCCGCCCAUGCCGCGCGUCAAGCUGGCCGCGCACUGCCAGGUGCUGCGCGGCGCGCCGCCACGCCUGCCCGCUGCCGCCGUGCCGCGCCGUGCCGCCCAUGCCGCGCGUCAAGCUGGCCGCGCACUGCCAGGUGACCAGUAACAUACACAAGCACGAGGCCAGCUGCGCGGCGCGCCGCCACGCCUGCCCGCUGCCGCCGUGCCGCGCCGUGCCGCCCAUGCCGCGCGUCAAGCUGGCCGCGCACUGCCAGGUGACCAGUAACAUACACAAGCACGAGGCCAGCUGCGCGGCGCGCCGCCACGCCUGCCCGCUGCCGCCGUGCCGCGCCGUGCCGCCCAUGCCGCGCGUCAAGCUGGCCGCGCACUGCCAGGUGACCAGUAACAUACACAAGCACGAGGCCAGCUGCGCGGCGCGCCGCCACGCCUGCCCGCUGCCGCCGUGCCGCGCCGUGCCGCCCAUGCCGCGCGUCAAGCUGGCCGCGCACUGCCAGGUGACCAGUAACAUACACAAGCACGAGGCCAGCUGCGCGGCGCGCCGCCACGCCUGCCCGCUGCCGCCGUGCCGCGCCGUGCCGCCCAUGCCGCGCGUCAAGCUGGCCGCGCACUGCCAGGUGACCAGUAACAUACACAAGCACGAGGCCAGCUGCGCGGCGCGCCGCCACGCCUGCCCGCUGCCGCCGUGCCGCGCCGUGCCGCCCAUGCCGCGCGUCAAGCUGGCCGCGCACUGCCAGGUGACCAGUAACAUACACAAGCACGAGGCCAGCUGCGCGGCGCGCCGCCACGCCUGCCCGCUGCCGCCGUGCCGCGCCGUGCCGCCCAUGCCGCGCGUCAAGCUGGCCGCGCACUGCCAGGUGACCAGUAACAUACACAAGCACGAGGCCAGCUGCGCGGCGCGCCGCCACGCCUGCCCGCUGCCGCCGUGCCGCGCCGUGCCGCCCAUGCCGCGCGUCAAGCUGGCCGCGCACUGCCAGGUGACCAGUAACAUACACAAGCACGAGGCCAGCUGCGCGGCGCGCCGCCACGCCUGCCCGCUGCCGCCGUGCCGCGCCGUGCCGCCCAUGCCGCGCGUCAAGCUGGCCGCGCACUGCCAGAUUAAGCACCCAGAAUCCUUCAAAACCGGCACGCAACACGUCAUCCCUCUCGGCGUGCGCACCGAGCAGCACGUGCAGCUCGUGGUCGCGGCGCUGGGCGCGCUGUUCCACCUGCGCGUCGACAUGGACGUGCGCACGUGGGGCGUCUGCGCUCUAGUGCAGCAUCUAGGCCCGCAGGACCAGGCCAUGAAAUACACGUACGAGGUGACGGUGAACGGGCGGCACAGCGGCCGGCGACUGGUCUACCGGCGCGCCACGCACAGCGACCUCGAGAACCCGGUGCUCAACACCAGCAGGCAGGACUGCUUCCACCUGACCCUCGACCAGGCGCUCAACUACCUGCGCUUCAAGAACGAGCACUCGGAGACGGACAAGACGCUGGACCUCAUCGUCACGCUGGCCACGACCGAGCCUGAACAGGAACCGGCUGACGAAGACACGUGAACAUAUACUUCUACAGAGCUGCGAAAUUGCAUGGAGAAAUUAUGAAUACCCGUCCACACAGAGCAAGCAUACGCAUGAGUCAAUUUUCUUGAGCGCGGCGCUCAGGCGAGGAAACCGCGCGCGCCGCCUCGGCCGAGGCACGUCUACACUGGCCGUAUUGUGCGCGAGGCAAUGAAUUUAUUCAUAGUCGCCAUGCACUUUUAUAGCUGAUGGUACAUAGGCACUGUUAGCAACACUCUUACAGUAUUUCGUGUGCAACAGGUACAAAGGACCGGCAAUCCAAAUAUGUGGGUUCGAGUCGAUUUUUUCAUUGUGAUUAGCCUGAUAUACAGAUGUCAAUAGUCGGGUCCACACAGAGCGAGCAUACGCGCGGGGCAAUUUCCUCAAGCACAAUACGGCCGUAUUGUGCGUGAGGAAAUUGCCUCGCGCGUAUGCUCGCUCUGUGUGGACCCGACUAUUGACAUCUGUAUAUACAAUUUAUAGGUACAAAGGGUAAAAAUUCAAGGGCCAAAGUUACAAAACGAGACGAAGUAGUAGUAUUGUAAAUACGGGGCCGAUAAUUUUAAGACCUAUAUAAUUAUCUCUCGUUGCAUAUUGUUUUUUAAGAUAUCAGCAAACACCUAAAAAUAUAAAUAAAAUCGUAAGUUUACAAGAGUCAAUCAAUUCGGUUUGUAUAUCCUUUUAAUAGUUGUAAUAUAUAGUAUAAAUAUUCAUAAGAUGACUGUUAAGCAGUUGUAUUAUGAUCCUAUAAGUAUAUAAAUAAUUGUCGGUCAUUUAAUUGACAGAUUGAAGUGUAUAUAUAUAUCCUCCAGAGUAUAAAAACUAUACUUGCCGCAGCGCUAAGUGGCGAGUCGGGCAAUAAGUCAGGUAACGUACCUUAUGCGUAAUACUAUCCGCACUACUCUUGCUAGUUCCGCUCCGUAAGACCGUGUAAGUGCGAAAGUGAUAGCAUGAUUCCGAUGCUUUACGAUCUAACUCGCUACUUAGUUUUUCUACUCGUCGACUGUAAUGGUUGAAUUAAGAUUUUGUAUACCAAACCACUCGACUAUAAGAUGCAGUUCGAUACACUGUAGUCAAUUAUUAAAAAAAAAUACCAAUCACGUGCCGCCGCGCUCCCUUAGAAAAGACUAAAUGGGCGUUUAUUUCUAUUUAUUUUUAUUUUUACAUUUUUACAUUUUUGUUUAUGUUUAUUUCUACAUUUUUGUCUACUGAGAUACUUACCAAUUGUCAUUAUUUAGGUUUUAUAGUAAAAAAAGUAUUAUUUAAGAUGACUCGUAGAAAAAGUAUUGUAUACAAUAGUGAUAUAAUCAAGCUUUUCAAUCCGUAACUUACUUAGGCAACUCAGCAAGGUUCAACUCGGUUCUCUAUUGUAUAAAAUAGUAUUUGCGGCAAGUCUACCGGUGGACCUUAAGGCUUUGCAAUAAGGGUUACCAGUUGUUAAGAUGAGUGUACCACUGCGCGCGACCGCAUCUCCCAACUCCAUACAAACGUAGUUCCCAUUAUCCUCUCUGGAUCUUACAGUACAUAUGGUGCUACUUUACCGCACUAGUGCGAAAAUUAGCAUAUUACGUUACUGUGUCGAACAUUUAAAGGGCCACAUGUACUGUAAAACGUUGUACGAUACAUGUGCGAAUAAGUAAUUCGCAACUCGUGUCGAUUUAAAACACUCCCUUCGGUCGUGUUUUAAUUUAUCGCCACUCGUUUCGAAUUUCCUAUUUUUCGCACUUGUAUCGUAAUGUACUAUUACAUUAUUUCCCCUUUUAUCAAAGUUAUGAGCGAAAAAAAAAUCCAUACAAACGUUUGAACGCUCCUAAUUCUUAUAAUAAUAAAAUAAUGGAAUAAAAAUGAAGGAACGGUUGUUCACUCCCACUCUCCUCUCGAUGUGAUUUGUUAACCACCCCAUUAUUCGUACAACUUAACAAGCCUUAUGAAUGGUUUGGCUGCUUCUAACACUUAUCACAUCUACAUGAUGGAGAUCACAUCUACAUCUUCGCUCUUCCCGUAGUCUUAAGCUCAUUGUCCCCCAACACCGAACGGGUUUCAUGUCCAAUUCUUUCACUGUUCAGGCAAUCAGACUUUGAAACGUUCUCUCACUCUCUAUCAGACAAGCGCAGACCAAAUUCACAUUCAAGCGCAUGUUGCGCAAGUAUUUCCUUGACAAACUUUCUUCUUCAUCAACUUACUGAUUCACACUUGGUAUAAUUAUGUAUGUAUUAAUAUAUGUAUGUUUAUUUGUAUUAAGUAUAUGUGUAAGUUUAUCUAUAUAUAGUUUAUAUUCUUAUAUAGUCUCGGUUACAAAUUCAUUUACUUUAAAAGACACUGCACCUACUUAAUCUUUCUGGUUUAACCCAUUGUUGACUGGUAGAGAAUGCCUUAAGGCAUUAAGUCCGCCAUUUGUACCUUCAUGUAUUGUGCAAUAAAUAUUAAAUAAAUAAAUGGAGCAUAAUGAUUCGGUCAAAUUGUGUUUUUUGAAAAGCAAAUUAUAUCCAAAUUGAAACUAACGCGAUACUACACUUACACUUUGGGUACGGUGCUUUACGCAUAGUAGAUGACGCUACGCCUUUUUAGGGUUCUGUACGAGGUCCUUAUAGUGCGACUCUGCUCGUCCGUAAGUUUUUUUUUUUUAUUAGUCACUUUUUCUUUCAUUUCUUAGUGAAAAAAAAUUGAUUUAUGUAGGAAAAUGUAAAAAAAAAUACCAUUCCCGUCCCGUAAACUGUCAACCUGGGCAUAUUUGAUGCUAAAAGGGGGGCGGGGGGGGGGGGGGUUGCAUCAGGGAGAGGGGACGGGACGCUAGUCUGUCUGAAGCAUCAAAACCCAAAGGUAAGUAUCAUACUACAUUCGUUUCAAGCUGGAUAUAAUUGUCUUCCCCAGACAAUAGCAACUGUACUUUUAGGCAUCUCAAAAAUUGAAACACAAUUAUAGAGGUUAUUCCUGAGAUUA